GCGGCGGCUUUCUGCGCAUGCGCAAGUCUCAAUGACAGUCAAGCCUUGACUAUAAGGCUUUAGGGGGAAAAGGGUGUGGCCAUGUGGCUUGUGACCCAGGGGGUCAGGGGGCUCAGGGUCCGAGUAUGGCCCCUUUUGCCCACGCUCCUCGGGACCCCACGAGCCUUGUCUUCUCUGGCGGACAAGAUGGGGGUGUACCGCAAGAUGUGGAACCCCACGGAGCCCCGCGACUGGGCUCAGCAAUACCGCGAGCGCUUCAUUCCUUUCUCCAAGGAGCAGCUACUCCGACUCCUGACACAGGAGUUCCACUCCAGUCCUGCAGAGAAAGCGGCGAUGGAGGAAUUUGCGGCGCAUGUGGACUUCUGUACACUGUUCCAUUACCACCAGGUCCUGGCCCGGCUGCAGGCCUUGUAUGACCCCAUCAAUCCUGACAGAGAGACCCUGGACCAGCCAUCCCUCACAGACCCCCAGCGCCUGGCCAAUGAGCAGGAGGUACUGCGGGCUAUGGAACCCCUGCUAGCCCAGGCCAACUUCUCUCCGCUGUCUGAGGACGCCCUGGCCUAUGCUCUGGUGGUCCACCACCCUCAGGACGAGGUGCAGGUGACAAUCAAUUUGGAUCAGUACAUCUACAUGCAGUUCUGGGCCCUGGGCCAGCGCGUCGGCCUGUUGCCCCGUCUGUCCAGUGUGGGCUCCAAGCGCGGCUUCUUCACCAAGUUGCCUCCUGCAGAGAGGCGGUACUUCAAGCGCGUGGUGCUGGCGGCCCGCACACGCCGGGGGCACCUGGUCCUCAAGAGCUUCAAGGACACUCCCCUGGAGGGCCUGGAGCAGCUGCUGCCCGAGCUCAAGGUGCGCACUUCCAUUGUGCGGCGCGCACUGCUCAACCUCACGCUGCUGGUGUCUGGCCUGGUCUUCUUCGUCAACGUGGGCAUGGUGGUACUGACCGACCUCAAGAUGGCCACCUCCCUGCUGCUGCUGUUCUUUGCCAUCUUCAUGGGCCUGAGGGCCUCCAAGAUGUUCGGGCAGCAGCGCAGCGCGCACGCGCUAGAGCUGGCGCACAUGCUGUACUUCCGGAGCACGUCCAACAACUCGGAGCUGCUCAGCGCGCUGGCGCUGCGUGCACAGGAGGAGCACGCCAAGGAAGCGCUGCUGGCGCGCAGCUUCUUGACGCGGCGGCCCGGGGGCGCGCACGACCCGCCCGAAGAGACCUCCCGGUGGCUGCAGUCGGAGGUGGAGAGCUGGCUUCUGGCUCAGACGGGCUGUGACGUGGCCUUCAACGGAACUCGGGCCCUGGCCCACCUGCAAGCUCUGACCCCCAGCAUCGGGCGGUACCCUUCCUCGGAUUUCCCCAAGCUAGACCCCUUGGUUGCAGCCCCUUCCGAAUCCCCCCCCGGCCAUCCCCAGCAGUAGGGACCCCUGACCUGCCCCCGUCGGGGCCAACUGGGGCUGGGAACCAAGCCCCGCCCUCACCGCGACAGGCUGUCAAUCACAGCUACUUCGGACUUGGACACUUUCCGACUCCUAUUACUGACAGGCAAUUACUACUUUUGCUACGCUGUAUACUUAAAGCAGCCAAUCCAGGCAGCCGGCAGUUGCUAGGCAACCCCAUCUCCUAGGAGCAGCCAAUCAAAACUAGCUCGGCUUUGGUGCGAUUCCUUAGUCCUUCCCC